AUGGCCGGUGUGCGGGUGCCGUCUGUGGUGCUGCAGCAUCAGUACUGCAUCACCGAGGCCAUCCCAGAGGUGAAGGAGUACCAUGACAAGCACGGUCACCAACUGCCAGUGCUUCGUGAUUUAAAGGGCUCCUUCUACGUCCGUGAUGAACGCGAUGGCAUUCUGAUUGGCCCCUAUGAAUAUGCGGAGGCGAUGCAGCUUGCACCGGAGGAUUGGCGCCAGACAGGAAUGCCCAACGAGUAUGCAAACUUUCUGUUCGAAGGCGACGUGGAGCGCCUCAUGCCUCACCUCGAGCGUGCCAUGGAAGUUCUUCCACAAGUCGGUGAAGUAGGCAUGAAAACGGUGCUCAAUGGCCCCACCAUGUGGCCAGCAGAUGGGAACCACUUGGUGGGCCCUGCCCCCGAGUGGGACAUUGCUCCGAACUAUUGGCUUGCUUGCGCUGAGUCUUAUGGUAUUGCCCACAGCGCUGGCCUAAGCAGAUACCUCUCAGAGUGGAUUGUCACCGGCGAGGCACCUUAUGAGCUGAAGGAGGCAGAUCCUGCCAGGUAUGGGGCAUGGGCCACAAAGGACUGGGUGGCCAAGAAGGUCAGAGAGACCUAUGGCAUGAAUAACCACGUGCACUUUCCCAACGAGAACUUGUUGGUUGGAAGGCCCGUGGAACCAGUGCCCAAUCAGGGCAUCUACGAGGUGCUGAAGUCCAAAGGCUGCCAAUUUGGCUUUCACAACGGAUGGGAAAGUGCCAACUAUUUUGAUCCUGCUAUGAGCGGCGAACAGCACGGGAACUCCAAAGGCUCUUUCAGACGGCCCAUUUACAAGGACUUGGUGGAGAAGGAGUGUAAAGAAAUGGCCAGUUUUGGUGGAAUUUGCUAUUGGCCCUUUGCCAAGUACCACGUCUCAGGGCCGGGUGCCGUGGAUUUCCUGGACCGCCUGGUGCCCAACAGGCUGCCCAAUGUCGGACGCUGUGCGCUCUCGUACUUCUUGACGCCACAGGGAAAGAUCAGCUCCGAAGUGAUGCUGGUUCGCUUGGCAGAGGACAAAUUCUACGUAGUGAGCUACCCAGAGCAGGAACUGUUUGACUGGAGAUGGAUGCACAUGCACAAGCCUUCGGAGGGAGUGGAGAUAGAGAACGUCACUGCCGACUUUGGAACGCUCAUGGUGAGUGGCCCUGAGAGCCGUCGGGUCUUGGGAGAGUUGGCCAAAGACCCAGAAGCUUGGUCCAAGGACAAUUUCAAGUUCUAUGCCUGGCGGCAAGUUGAGCUUGCGGGUAUCCCAUGCAGAGCCUUGCGUGUCUCCUUCACCGGAGAGCUCGGCUGGGAGCUCCAUCCAGCUACUGCAGAUGUUGCCCCACUGUACAAUGCCCUGAAGGAAGCAGAGCCGCGCCUGAAUGACUGGGGUGGCUACGCUAUGGGGUCUUUCCGCUUGGAGAAGGGCUUCAAGGCCUUUGGCUCGGACAUGACCAAAGAUCACCAGGCGCUGGAAGCGGGAAUCAGUGGCAAGUUCCUGAGAAUGGAGAAGGACUUUGUUGGGCGAGACGCCUUGGCCGCCAACCCUACACCCGCAAGGCGGCUGGUUCAUCUAGCAGUAUCAUCUCCAGAAGGCGCCGACUGUGCCGGCAACGAGCCGAUUUUCAAUGAGAGCACAGGAGAAGUGGUUGGUUUCACGACGAGUGGAGGGUAUGGCUACCUGGCACAGCAGAGCAUUGCCUUUGGCUAUGUCGCCUCCUCCGCCUUGGAUGCUAACGCUCCCUUGGCCAUUGAGGUUGUUGGCGAGCGCGUGCUUGCACGAGUACAAGAGAAGGGAUUCCCUGUAAAGCCGGUGGAGGCCGCUGAUGAACGGUUUAAAGCUGGGAGAAUGGUUUGA